AUGGCCACCCAAUCAACGCUCCUCGACCCCUCCAUCUUCAGCUAUCUCGAAUCCAAAAUCGAAGAAGAAUCCCUCGUCCGCGACACCCUCACCCAAAUCGUGCAAAAGCUCGAACGAAGCGUCGCCUCAGCCCAGGGCCUCUUGUCCCGCGUCCACUCCACGCCUCGAUCUCGCUACCCCGCCCUCCUAGAGCAGGUAGAAAAUGCCAUCAAGGAGCAAGUCGUCACCGUCAAGGAACUAAACGAAGUCGCCUCCAAGCACCCCUACUACAAGUACAACUCCAAAUGGGCGCGAACUAUCCAAAACGCCAUUGGAACAACGCUCUACUGCGCCUGGUUGGGCGGUUUCGCAUCCGACCCCAAAGCUGAACUCGGCCGCUUGCUCACUCUCGAGGAAGUCGGUGCCAUUUUCUCAGUCCCAACCAAUCUCAAGGACCGCGAUGCAUUCCAUUUCACCAUAGAGGAAUACCUCCUCUCGCUGACUGAUCUUACCCCCGAACUGUCCCGUUUGGCUACCAAUGCAGUCACACUGGGUGAUUUUGAGCUGCCCAUGACCAUAAGCGCGUUUGUUAAGGAUAUAUUUGCAGGGUUUCAGCUGCUCAAUCUCAAGAAUGACAUCUUACGAAAGCGCGCGGAUGCCGUCAAGUAUGAUGUGAAGCGGGUGGAGGACGUUGUCUAUGAUUUGAGUUUGAGAGGUCUCGUGGCGAGGCCAGCGGGGGAUACUGAAAUGAAAACCGGCGAGUGA